UCAGCGCUAUGGAAUUCUAUGCUAACGUUUCAACAAUCAUUUCUCUGAAAUUCCAGGCUCAGACCGUCGGAGCCCAGACAAAGAGCAGCGGAAUGUUUCACUUCGAGGGUGGUUGGCCGAAGGAAAUCAAUCCGAAGGACGAGGAAGCUACAGCGAGAUUCCGCAGACGAGUCGAGAAGGACGAAGAUUGGGCACCGAAAUUACGCAACUUAUUCCAACAAAUGGAACAUAAUAUCCUCCAGAAUGGCGCACUUAACAUAUACGAACACUAUUUUGACGAUAUGGUUCCCACAGAAUUAGUGAAACCUCGUAAACUUAGAACAGUGAAUGUCUAUGAGGAUCCGCAAACACCAAUGCGACGAGUGAAUAAUAUUUCUUGGUCGCCAGACUCUGGUAGUAAAAUGGUAGUCUCGUAUUGCUUCUUUGGAAUUGAGCCAGAUUACAGUAACAUUGCGUAUAUCUGGCAGAUUGGUAAGUAGAAAAAGCGCGGAAAAGCCCUGAUUACAUUUAAACGCUGAGCUUGA